GGCCCCUCCCAGGGCUGACGGCGGCCGCGCGCACAGCGCUGAUGGCGGCGGCGCCGGGACCGGGGGGAGCGCGCUGAGAGCGGCGCGGAGGAGCAGCGUGGAGAACAUGUCUGGGAUGAAGAGGGUGAUGGUGGAGAAGGACCCUGACUACGAGGAGAUCACCAUCUCGCAUCCCAGCAAGCGGCACAAGGCAGCUGAGCAGUCAGCUCGAGAUGUUACGGUGCAGAAGAUUGAGACCAUUAUAAAAGAACAGUUUGCCGUUGAAAUGAAGAGCAAAGAACAUGAAAUUGAAGUUAUAGAUCAGCGCCUGAUUGAAGCAAGAAGGAUGAUGGAUAAGCUGCGUGCCUGCAUUGUGGCAAACUAUUAUGCAUCUGCUGGCCUCCUAAAAGCUGGAGAGGGGACCAGGGCAUGCGACGCAACAAUUCUUAAUCACCCUUCAAUCAAGAAAUUCUUGGAAUCACCCUCCAGAUCGUCGUCUCCAGCUAACCAGGGCUCAGACACUCCAUCUGCCAACCACUCGGAGACUGACUCGCUCUCUCAGCAUAAUGACUUUCUCCUGGACAAAGACAAUGGCAACUUGAACACAGAUGAGCGGCUGACAAACAGCCUGGACCAGAGACAGAGCAGAACUACUGGCCGGGACGGUUUGGGUGUUUCGGGCUCCCAAAAAACAGGACAACGAAAUGCUGGACUGUCAAAUGACGAAACUUCACGACUUUAUGUGAAGAAAACCAUUGUGGUUGGCAACGUUUCCAAGUACAUUCCCCCUGACAAGAGAGAAGAAAAUGAUCAGUCAACCCAUAAAUGGAUGGUGUAUGUCCGAGGCUCUCGGAGGGAACCCAGCAUAAAUCACUUUGUCAAGAAAGUUUGGUUCUUCCUCCAUCCCAGUUACAAACCUAAUGACCUGGUCGAAGUGAGAGAACCUCCGUUUCACCUGACCAGGAGAGGCUGGGGAGAAUUCCCUGUGAGAGUCCAGAUACACUUCAAGGAUAGCCAGAACAAGAGGAUCGAUAUCAUACACAAUUUGAAGCUGGACAGGACCUACACAGGCCUGCAGACACUUGGCGCAGAGACGGUAGUGGAUGUGGAACUACAUAGGCAUUCCCUUGGCGAAGAGUAUCUCUUCUCCCAGUCUUCAGAGUCUGACCUUUCUGACGUUCCCGCGUCUUUACCACUGCCAUUGAGUAUCCCAGCGCCAGUGAAAGCUUCUUCUCCAAUUAAACAGUUGCGGGACUCCAGCCCAGAUGCCUCUGUGGACAAAGGAUUCCCUGGGAAUGCUGAAACUGAAAGACAUGCCACGUUUUAUUCCCUGACAUCUUCAAUAGAACGGACUCCCACCAAGUUAGCCACACAGAAAGUUGCCUUUGGCUCUCAUGGAAAUUCAGCCUUUCAACCCAUUGCAGCUAGCUGUAAAAUAGUGCCUCAAGGUCAGAGUCCAAGCCCUGCAGAGUCACCAGGAAAAUCCUUCCAGCCUAUCACCAUGAGUUGCAAGAUUGUAUCAGGUUCUCCAAUAUCGACCCCUAGUCCAUCUCCGCUACCUCGUACCCCAACCUCCACUCCGGUGCACAUGAAGCAAGGCUCUGCUAGUUCAGUCAUUAAUAAUCCGUAUAUUAUUGUGGACAAGCCUGGACAGAUGGUUGGAGCGGCAGCCACGAGCACAGGGAGCCCAACCAGCAAACUGCCCGGUGUUUGUCAGGCCUCUCAUGGAACUGGAUCGCCUGUAUCAAAGUCUCAUGGGACCAGUUUUGUCACCUCAGCUGUCAAGCAGGAGGAUUCUCUGUUUGCUACCAUGCCACCCCUUUGUCCCAUUGGGAGCCAUUCCAAGGUGCAGAGCCCCAAAUCGGUCACUGGAGGACUUGGAGCCUUUACCAAGGUGAUAAUAAAGCAAGAGCCGGGAGAGCUGCCUCAGCAACCCCAGCUGCCAGCGACAGGGACAGCCACGCAAACCACUGUGCAGCAGUACGUCACUGUAAAAGGCAGCCACAUGUUAGCCUUGUCUCCGCAGAAGCCGGUCGUCGGCACAGGCGAGGGGACGGUGCAGUCUAAGGUUGUUGGCGUUCCAGUUGGUUCUGCUUUACAGUCGACAGUGAAACAAGCGGUGGCUAUCAGUGGUGGCCAGAUACUUGUGGCAAAAUCUAGCUCUUCGGUAGCAAAGGCUGUUGGUCCAAAGCAGGUUCUGACUCAAGGUGUAGCCAAAGCCAUCGUCAGCGGAGGCGGAGGGACAAUUGUUGCUCAGCCUGUGCAGACUAUAACAAAGGCGCAAGUUUCUUCCACAGGUGCUCAGAAGAGUACAUGUCAAGGCUCAGUGAUGGCUACACUGCAGUUACCGGCCACCAACCUGGCAAACUUGGCGAACUUACCACCAGGCACCAAGCUGUACCUCACCACCAACAGCAAGAAUCCUUCGGGAAAAGGAAAACUGCUGCUGAUACCACAAGGAGCCAUACUGCGAGCCACAAAUAAUGCUAGUCUCCAGUCUGGUUCUUCUACAAAUAGUGGAGGAGGAGGAGGAACCCAAAGCACAAGCAGUAACUUGUCACAGCACCUCACCUAUACAUCCUACAUCCUGAAGCAGACCCCCCAGGGCACCUUUCUGGUUGGCCAGCCUUCUCCUCAGAGUUCUGGGAAGCAGCUGACUCCAGCUUCAGUUGUUCAUGGCAGCGUAGGAGUUGGAGGAUCUUCCACACAAGGACAAGCACUGAAAGUGAUAACUGGACAGAAGACAGCUCUGUUUACACAGGCUGCACCCAGUGGACAGACAUCGCUGGUGAAAAUAGCAGAUGGGUCUAUAAAAUCAGUGCCUGUCUCAUCGCCGCUCUCCAAACCUGGCACAACUGUGCUGCGGGUGUCGGGAGGUGUCAUCACCACCGCUGCUGCUGCUGCUCCUGCCAUGGCUCUUCCCACAAACGGGGUGGCCCAGCAAGCGGAUAAUGCAGGUUCCAGUUCAUCAUCUUCUGGAACUCCUGCAGCAAAGGCAUCUGGACAGCAACACCAGAUCUGUAUAAGCCAGAGCCAGUCUACUUCAUCAGCAGUGAAUAAAACAGCUGCUUCCACUGUUGUAAGUGUCGCUUCUCUGAUGACUACACCGACAUCUGUGACUGGAAAAGCUGCAGUAUCAGGGUUGCUAAAAAUCCACUCAAAUCAGUCUAGUCCACAGCAGGCUGUUCUGACAGUUCCCAGCCAGCUUAAACAGCUCGGUGUAAACACAGCUUCUGGAGGUGUUCAGACAAUACUCAUGCCUAUGAACAAAGUGAUACAGUCACUUUCUACCAGCAAAGUUUCGACUGUUUCAGCUGUGACAGCAGCAAGCACGGUUGUCCCUAGUCCCUCUACGGUAUCCAUCACUAAAGUUAAGAUGGAGCCUGAUUCAACGGGGCAAAGCUGCAGUUCUGUGGGUACCCAAGAAGGCCAAGCAGCCGUGAAAACAGAGGAGAGCUCCGAACUUGGGAAUUAUGUUAUCAACAUAGAAUAUUUGGAGAACGUCCAGCAGCUUUUAACAGCAAUAGUGAAGAAGGUUCCAUUAAUUGCUGAAAAAAGUGAAGAUGCAAGCUCUUUCUGUGCUGUUUCAGUGGAGCAGUAUUACAGCUGGAAUAUUGGGAAAAGGAGGGCAGCCGAGUGGCAACGAGCAAUGACAGUGAGAAAGAUCCUACAAGAAAUCAUAGAGAAGCACCCUAGGUUUCACGAUAUUACACCCCUGAAAACAAAGCAUGUGGUGCAGUGGUGUCGAUGCCAUGGGUAUACUCCACCUGACCCUGAGACCUUGCGUAACAACGAGGACUCGAUUGAAGAUGUGCUGACACAGAUCGACAGUGAGCCAGAGUGCCCUUCAUCUUACAGCAGUGGUGAAGAGCUGUGCCGAAAGCUAGAGGAUCUACAGCAGUUUCUGAAACGAGAACCAGAACAUGAAGAGGAAGUAGAUAUUCUCAACUUUAGUGAGCCGUUAAAAAUAAACAUUAAGAAGGAACAGGAGGAGAAACAAGAGGAGAUGAAGUUCUACUUGGCUUCCUUGCCUGCGUCAGAGUUUGUGAGGGACGCUGCAGAGAAGAUAGGGAUUUCUUUUCAGCCUGCUGAGGUAGAAAAGAAUGUUUAUGCGUCUGUAAUAGAAGAUAUGAUUUUAAAGGCCACUGAACAGCUUAUGGGUGACAUCCUGCGGCAAGCGCUGGCUGUGGCAUACCAGACCACUCCUCACAACAGGACUCCAAGGGAGAUCACAGUGAUGAAUAUUCACAAAGCCAUCUGUAAUAUUCCCUUUCUUGACUUCCUCACAAACAAACAUAUGAAGAUACUAAAUGAGGAACAAUGAAAUGGAGCAGAGAAGAUGCUACAGGAAAGAUGGAUUUAUGACUGAAGUUGGGUUGACAAAUCAGUAUUUCUGUAGGACACUAUUACAUACAUUUAUAACAUUGGGCUAUUAGAUUGUUACCAUCUCCAAUUAAAGAUGCACCUUAAUGCAACAAAACGAUGCUCUGUUCCAAAUCAAGUUUGUUAAAUGUCAGUGUUUACCUGGUAAGUGUAUGUUCAGUGGCUGAACGAACAUUGUCAGUUUGCAUGGAGUCGCUAGCUGCGAGAGCCUCCACAGGCCUCGUCCCUCUGACACAGCUGUGUGAUGAGAUUGAACAUUUUUUAUAAUGAAAAGAAGUUUGCUUUCUGAUGCAGUCUGCGUAUGAGCUGUUUCCCCCGUGCAGUGGGCAGAAUGGUUCCUUUGGCACUCUGAAUAUGAGAAAAAUCAAAGGUGACUUUUAAAGGUGGGCAUUUGAGUAGGUGGCGGGUCGGUGGGUUAGGUUUGGGUGUACAGGAGCAGAAGACUGAUGGCUGCAACAAAUUCUGCCAGUCCUGCUUGAGCACGAUGUAUGGAACUGAAAACAUGCUUGGGUAGGCUUAUCAUCAGCUUAUUGAGCUAAACGUCACCUAACCAAAUUCCUUGCCUCUCUAGAGAAGGUGACAGAUCCUUCAGAAAGGGUAGGCUGGCACAUUUCGAUCCAUAUGAACAAACCAGGGUCAGGCUUAGUAAGAUCUGACUGACCACUUGUCCUUGUGGGAAAGGAGAAGAGCAAGGACAGUGUUUGUUUGUGGGCUUGACUGGCUGAAACCCUUUGCUUUGCCCCGUUGAGUGCCUCCCCAGGCUGCCAGGAGAUUUGGAGUGUGCUGCAGGGCGGGUCACCGGUGGUGUCACACAAUUCUUAAUGUUUUGGCAGCUGUCACUGAUGCUCAGCUUGGAUUGUGAAGUGCUUGGGAGCAGCAACACUUCGGCUUAAGUUUCUGCUCAACACAGAGAGGCCUGAUCAGAUCAAAAACUCAGACGUUGCUGCUUGUGGGGGAGCUCGCCUGACAUUGUGACUGCGGGAAGUUCUGCUUGCGAACCCUAGCACUUCUCUGUCUCGGGAACAUCGCCGGUGUUCUGUGGUCUGGCUAUCAACACUUCACUGAAGAAGGCUUUGCUGAUCCCCCCACAUCCCCACCCUACUGUCCUGCCCCGAGGGUGCUCGCUGGGAGUCCAAAUAAGCCCCAGGCUGGUGGGACUCCUGUUGGACUGUCAUGCAUUCAGGGUGCUCGCUUUUUGGGAGGCAGUGUUGUCAAGCGAGUGGAGCAUGGGUCAAACAGCCAGAGCCUCCAGUGUGCUGAUCUCAGCUUGAUCUGAUCUGCUGCAUGGCCUUUGAUUAAUCACUCUGUGCCUCAGUUUCCCCAUCUCUGAGCAUGGGGAGCAGGAUACCUACCUCACAGGGGUGUACUGAGGCCUUGCUCUUGUUGGUGCCGUGCUUUGACGAUACAAAGCGUUUUAUAAACUUUAAACUACAGUUAUCUUUCCUGGCCUGGGAUAGGAACAGAAAUCUUCAAAAUGUUAUCUUUUGGUGCUUUUUCUGGACAGGUGAUGGUAACUCCAGUAGUGGGCAGGAGCUGGUGGAAGACAGUUCAGUUAUAGGGAAUAGCGUAGGUUUGAUGCAGUUCUGUGUAACCCCAAUGAGGUGCUGCCUGUGUUUUCCACCUCAAAUAAAAGAGGAUCUGCAGAUGAGACCCUCUUGAUUCAUCGGAGCUGACAGGGAGUUACAGAUUUGGUUAUGAGCAGCAGAACCUGGCCCUUGAAUCUAGGAAACGGGACCAAUAGAUGAUACCCAAACAGCAUUCAGCAGACUUAAAUACCCCCGAGAAAGGGCGUUUCGGAUGCCCUGGAUUCAGAAGAUAAUCCUGGCUUGUCUGGGUGAGCUGAGCGCAGGAUUGCGUGUGCAAGUGAAGUGUACGGCUUAGCCCUGACAUCAGUUUUUCAGCUGAGGUCAGCGUGAAGGAGUCAAGAGGUGGAUUAUGGUUGAGCUCAGUGUUGAGAGUCGUGAGGAAUCCGGGGAGACGGGGAACUGCAGGCCCUGUGCUUUGCAGGCUGUAGUGAACAUGAAGUCCUUAGUGCUGUCAGGCACCGCUGUACAUGGCUUUUACAAAAGAGAAGGGCAUUUCAAGGGAUCUGUCAUUUGGGAACAACCUUUUGGGCAAUCAGUGUGAUCUUCUGCAGUGACAAAUACAUUUCCAGCCCCUGUCUCUUGUGGGCUUGAUUUGUGGGAUUUUGAUAUUCCCAGAGCAGCUCUUGAGGAUGCAGGAGCUUGUCUUUGGGUGUCUGUUCGCAAAUUGUGGCUUCCUUGCCUGUGUCCUGCUUUUCUACGAGGAAUGGAGUUUCAGAAUGAGUCCUGAACCUGGACCUGAGGCGGGUGGGCAAAUACCCCUUGCUCUUAACGGGGUUCUUGCAGUGGAGAUCUGUUGCUACAUUUCUGAGCAACCGCAGGUUAUUCUCCUAGGAGAUGCUUUAUUAAUAAUAUAUAAAGUUUGCUGAAGUAAAAUAAAAUCUGUUAAAAGCAGAUAGAAACUAACACAUUUGUUUUGUCCGUCAGAUGUAGGAAAUGUUUGCAAGAAGUUCUUUGCAUUUUGAAAAGUGAUGGGAGAAGAAUAUGUUGGCAAGAAGUUCCUGUGGGAAUUGCUUGGAGAUGAGUUAGAGGUUGUGGAAUUUCACACCCCCAUUCAGGUGUGUGGAACGCUCCAGAUGAUACGGUGUGUUGAAGUGUUAUGGUAUAUUGCUCUGUCUUUGUAAAGAGUCUUGAUAGAAGUUAAAGAUCUCUUUACGAAUAUCGCCCCUAUUUGUAACGCUGAGUGUUUAAAUCUUUCAUGUUAUCUGUAUUAUACUGUAUAAUUGUGUAAGAUAAGUAUGUUUACAAUAAAUUCUUUUAUUAGCUGUGA